GGUGAAUCCAGCCCCGGGGCGGGCAGCCGGGCAGCCGGAGCGCUUGGCGGGGGCGCCGGCUCCAUGGGCAGCGGCGCUGGGCACGAUGAUGGACGUUAACAGCAGCGGCCGCCCCGACCUCUACGGCCAUCUCCGCUCGCUCAUCCUGCCGGAGGUGGGGCGCGGGCUGCAGGACCUGAGCCCCGACGGUGGCGUCCGCCCGGUAGUGAGCUCCUGGAUGCCGCACCUGCUGAGCGGCUUCCCGGAGGUGACGGCUAGCCCCGCGCCCACCUGGGACGCGCCCCCGGACAAUGUCUCCGGCUGCUGGGAGCAGAUCAACUAUGGCAGAGUCGAGAAAGUUGUGAUCGGCUCCAUCCUGACGCUCAUCACGCUGCUGACGAUCGCGGGCAACUGCCUGGUGGUGAUCUCGGUGUGCUUCGUCAAGAAGCUCCGCCAGCCCUCCAACUACCUGAUUGUGUCCCUGGCGCUGGCUGACCUCUCGGUGGCCGUGGCGGUCAUGCCUUUCGUUAGUGUCACCGACCUCAUCGGGGGCAAGUGGAUCUUUGGCCACUUCUUCUGCAACGUCUUCAUCGCCAUGGAUGUCAUGUGCUGCACGGCCUCUAUCAUGACCCUGUGCGUGAUCAGCAUCGACAGGUACCUUGGGAUCACGAGGCCCCUCACGUACCCUGUGAGGCAGAAUGGGAAAUGCAUGGCCAAAAUGAUUCUGUCGGUCUGGCUUCUCUCCGCCUCCAUCACCUUACCUCCGCUCUUUGGAUGGGCCCAGAAUGUGAACGAUGACAAAGUGUGCUUGAUCAGCCAGGAUUUUGGCUACACGAUCUACUCCACCGCAGUGGCGUUUUACAUCCCCAUGUCGGUCAUGCUGUUCAUGUACUAUCAGAUUUACAAGGCCGCCAGGAAGAGCGCGGCCAAACACAAGUUCCCGGGUUUCCCGCGCGUGCAGCCCGAGAGCGUCAUCUCCCUGAACGGCGUGGUGAAGCUCCAGAAGGAGGUGGAAGAGUGUGCGAACCUUUCAAGACUGCUCAAACACGAAAGGAAAAACAUCUCCAUCUUCAAGAGGGAACAGAAAGCAGCUACCACCUUGGGGAUCAUCGUGGGUGCCUUCACCGUGUGCUGGCUGCCGUUCUUCCUCCUGUCCACGGCCAGGCCCUUUAUCUGCGGCACCUCGUGCAGCUGCAUCCCGCUGUGGGUGGAGAGGACAUGUCUGUGGCUGGGCUAUGCAAACUCUCUCAUUAACCCUUUCAUCUAUGCCUUCUUCAACCGGGACCUGAGGACCACUUACCGCAGCCUACUCCAGUGUCAGUACCGGAAUAUCAACCGGAAGCUCUCUGCCGCGGGCAUGCACGAGGCCCUGAAACUUGCCGAGAGGCCCGAGAGAGCGGAGUUUGUGCUCAUAACCAGAGCCUCAGGAGUCCAGCAGGCACUCGAGAAUUUUCCUUGGGGUAACGGAAUGAACACAGGGAUAAAAGCUGUGAAUACUGUUGCACUGACAAAACUCUGACAACCGUAGAAAAAAAGUCCAUGAUACAUGACACAGAGUGGAACACUGGAGAUGAAACAAUGCAAAAAAGGUGGAAACAAUGAAGUCAUUGACUGCAAAAUGGAACAUAGCUUCUGUCUUCUUGGCAUAGCUGGAAUGUAACAAGGGAUGAUCUGUUGUACAAAGUGUGUCUUGGGGGAGAUGGCAACCCCUCUCCUUUUUCCCGUGGAUCAGUGAUAUUGUGUUUAAAUGAAAAUAGUUCUCAGUGUCAGCCAGCCAGUCAUCUCAGCGGUAAGCACACUACAGAGCUGGGUUCCGGGAAGGAAGCAGUUCCAGGUGCUUUCCAUAAGUCCACAUCCAUGUGAGUGGGGGAAGAUCCUAACGCACAAUUCCCAUGCUUCCAGUCUAGGCUUUGUGGUAACUCUUCAGGAACCAUUUCAUGAGACAGAGUGCAUUUUGUGGUAUGACAGAAGGGUGUCUUUCCGAGCAAACUGCAGCAAGCAUAGUGUUGAAUGUGUUGCAUGUCCAUGUUAGGAAACCGAAACCAGUCAUCAGCUAACACACGACUCCCCAGAGCAGUGUUUGUUCAAAGCUUCUGUUGAAUACUUUGGCUUUUCUGCAGGGUCCCUGUGGCUUCCCACCAGUGUAUGUCCACUGUUAAACCCCUUAUCAUUAUGGUGUAACUCAGGAACAGAUCUCAGGAUGGAGAGAGGCAGAAAACCUGAAUAAAGCUUUGGCUUGCACGCACACUCCUGAAGGCUCCUGGGAGAGGAGGGUAACCGGAGAAGAGUGGCCGUGCACUGUAUAUUAACAUGAUUCUUGGCAUGUUGUUUACUCUCAUCUUCUACAAGAGCGUGAGGAGGCCACGGGGCUGGUCCAUAACUGUGUAGUAUGAGGAAGGCGUUGCGGUGCUUCUGGAGACAGCCGACACAUGUUCAUCCAACUGGACUGUUUGAAUUGUGUGAAUUGGAGGUCACCUGGACCCCCGUUGUGAACACUCUAGAACACCAUUCUGUUCCAUGUAAAGAAUUUGUCUCCAUGUUCUCUGUAUCUUAAAUUAAAUGUGUGCCUGAUGAAUUCUGUCCUCUAAACUCCCCCUCCCCCAAUAAAAACGGUCGACAUUAAGGACAGGUAAGGAAGCAGAAGGGGUUCCUUUGUGGAUGGUAUCUUUUAAAUGAUACUGUGUAGGAGUCUGGGUGAAGGAGAUGGAAAGUCAUAGACCAUGUCACAAAGGGGGGGCAUGAAUGCAAACUUUUAUUUGAUAAAAGAGAACUGAAAGAGAACACUAUUUUCCUACAAGUAAGAAGACUUCCUCUCAUAGGAUCAAAUGGAGUUCCAACAUGGAUUAUGGACUUCUUGCAGAUGUCCCUGACGUUUAGUGUGAGACACAGGGCAGGGCCCCUUUGCUGUGAAGGGGAGGUAGGCCCUGCCCUUUCAGACAAAAUGUGUACAAAUUUCUGAGCCACAGAUUUGCUAAAGUGACUGUGUAUACUCAGAUUCAUAACUUAAAUAAUGAUUAUGUCAGAUACAUGUUGUUAAAUUUGAAAAUGUUUUAUUACAUUACAUCAAAAUAAAGGUUAUUUGUAGCUGGAA